CUCAAAAGGCGUGUUAUCGGGCUCCAGCAUGGCCGUCUGCCGGAGGACAACCGGACUGCCCCCCACGCUGAUGUCAGCCGGGGCUGUAACGUUUACACCAGGGGCGGGCUGAUGGUUGACUUCGUUCUCCUUGUGGGCUUUUUUUUCAUGCCCACGCGACACAAGAACGCGCCGGACGAUUGGGUCUUACCCAGCACGCACCCGCGCCCGACAGAAGCUCGUGUGCCAUUGGAUAGGGCCACUCCGAUCCCGCAAUCCGAUUGGAUGUUAUUUUUCCCCUUUUGCCAGAGACUCCGCCUUUUCCGGUGUGACUCAUAAGUGUUGUCGAAGAGACGGGUAGAGAAGAUCGACCCCCCCGUACAAAAAUACGGCUUACGAUGAGUUGGAUUAUUUACACCAAAAUUCUAAUCGCAAGAAAAACUCAAAGUUAAGGAGGCUUCCCGAUCGAUGCGAACCAAGUGCCGCCUCAGACUGUGUUCUGGUCUCCGAUUGAGAAGUUCAGCAGAUCUGGUGCCCGAAGGAAGCUGAAGAAGCCGUUUUGAUCGACAGUCCGUCUGAAGAUGAGCUCUCAGCAGUUUCCGCGGUCCGGAGUCCCUCCCCCGGGCCAUGGGCAAGCUCCGAUUCCCGGGGGCAGCAGCACCAUGGUACCGGGAAGUCAGUCAAAUCAAGGGGGCAGUGAGGAGAGCUGCCGUGACGCUGAUCAUGGGCCCCGGGAACACCCCCCCAGCGGGGCUGGGAGCCUGCCGUUCAGAGACGAAAAGCAGGAGACGGUGGUCGUCAGGCCCUAUCCACAGGUGCAGACCCAUGGACAGCCCCUGACCGUGCCCCAGCACCUGCCCAUCCAGCCUGGCACGCCUGUCACUGUGUCGGCCCCGCCCACCCACAUCACGCAGGCGCUCCCAUUGGCCUUCGCUGAGGGGCCUAUGAAGUCCACCCUGAAGACGCCCAUGCCCAGUCGGCUGAUCGCCCCUGCCCCGGCUUCCAACCAGGGCCUCCUCGCUUUGCCCCCCAAGGUGCCGGGUCACGUGACUGUCACCAUGGAGAGCAGCAUGCCUCAGACGUCGGCGAUUCCUGUGGCGACCAUCAGCGGGCAGCAGGGCCAUUCCAGUAACCUGCACCACCUGAUGGCUGCCAACGUGCAGAUUAUCCGCAGCAGCACACCUACCCUCCAGAUCGGCUCGUCGGCACCACCCCCCCAUACCUUCACCUCCCAUCUGCCCAGAGGGGCCGCCGCUGCCGCUGUGAUGUCCAGCACCAAGGGUCCCACCGUCCUGCGGCCGGCCUCGGGUCCGAGUGCUGGCGCCGGCCAGCCCCCAGUGCAGCACAUCAUCCACCAGCCCAUUCAGUCACGCCCAGUCGUGACCACCUCUACACCCGUGCUGCCCACGGUGGUGGCCCCCGUCUCCGCUACCCGAGCCCAGUCCCCUGUCAUCACCACGGCAGCCACACAUCCGGCGGACAUGCUGCAGGGGCGCCCAGGCCUCACUAUACACCCCCCCCCGGCCACCAUCAGCAUCCAGCGGCCGCCCCCCCCUCGCGACACAGCCACCCGCAUCACGCUGCCCUCCCACCCCGCCAUGGGCACGCAGAAGCCGCAGGUGCCCCACACCAUGGCGCAGAAGUCUAUCUUCAGCACCGUGACUCCCGUCGCCGCGGCGACAGUGGCCCCCAUCCUGGCUACCAACACCGUGCCUGCACCCACCACUACCGGCUCUGUGCCCCAUACGCAGAUGACCACCAGCAACAUCGUCACCAUGACGAUGGCCUCCCAUUCGUCCCACGCCACGGCGGUGACCACCUCCACCAUCCCCGUGGCCAAGGUGGUGCCCCAGCCCAUCACUCACACCUCCCCCCGCAUCCAGUCGGACUACCCUGGAGACCGGGGGAACCUCAUUCCCACCCAUCGCUCUUCCCCCAAUCCGGUCACCAUGGAGACCAGAAGCGAUAACAGGCAGCCCGUGCCACUGCAAUUUCAGUACUUCCUGCCCACGUACUCCUCAUCCCCCUACCCACUGACGCAUACCUACACCCCCAUCACCAGCACGGUGUCCACCAUCCGCCAGUAUCCAGUGACCCCGCAAGCCCCCAGCUCCGCCAUGCCACAGCAGACCGGUGUGGGCGUGGCCCCCACCGUCCACCUGAAUUCCAUGCAGCUGAUGACGGUGGACCGCAUCGCCCAGAUCAGCACACAGGGCAUCCAGCCAGCCGCCAUGGCAGCGCAGAGCAUCCAAUCAGCGCCCAUCGGGGCUCAGGGACUGCAUAACCCCGCCCCCAUGGGCACGCAGGGUCUCCAGGCCACACCCAUUAGUUCCCAGCAGCCCCAGGCGGAGACCAAGGCCUCGGUGGUCCUUGCAGACGGCUCCGCCCUGGUGGCCAACCCCAUCGGCAGCACGUUUGGCGCCGCGCCUCCUGUCACCACGGCGGCGCCUACGCACCCUCAGGGCGCCGGGACCCCCACGCUGGUGUCAUCCCCCAGACCCAGCAUCCUGCGCAAGAAGCCUGCCAAUGAGGGAUCUGCUGUGAGGAAAAAUCUGAUCCCAGCCCAGCCUAGUGAAGCGACCAGCCCCAGACUGGACAGUGCCAUUAGAAGUGCUUCUGGGUCGCCGCGGCCUGCCGGAGUGAAGCCCAAGUCCGACAUCCACGUCGCCAUGGCGCCGCCGGUGGUGACCGCUGUGGACGCCCUGCCAAGCCAGACCGGCGAGCAGCCGCAGCCCCAGCAACAGGCCACGCCCACCCCCGCCCAGCACCCCUCCCAGGCAGUGCCGGCCCUCCUGACCGCGGCCGCACCCCCGUCCCAGUCGGCCGCCGCCCUCUCCGCCAUCCCCGCGGCCAUGGCAGUGGCCCCGCCCAUCCCUGCUUCUAUGGCCAACGUCGUGGCUCCGCCCACCCAGCCGGCGGCCAGCAGCACAGCAGCCAGUGCUGCCGUCCCCGAGAUCAAGAUCAAGCAGGAGGUGGAACCCAUGGACACGUCGGUGCCAGUUUCCUCGGUGACACCAGGGGUGGCGGCUGUCCUGCCCCCCGUGGGGAAUGCGCUGGGUGUGCCCACGGGCGACGUCAUGCCUGGCGCCUCCCCUAGGAAGAAGCCACGCAAGCAGCAGCACGUGAUCUCGACAGAGGAGAGCGAGAUGGUGGAGACGAACAGCACGGACGAGGAGAAGGCGGCCAGCCGGCCCCUCAGUGUCCGACCUGAAAAGCGAAAGUCUCCCCCCAAGGAGUACAUUGAUGAGGAAGGCGUGCGCUACGUGCCUGUCCGCUCACGCCCCCCAGUCACCCUCCUGCGGCAUUACCGCAACCCCUGGAAGGCGGCCUACCAUCAUUUCCAGAGAUACAGCGACAUCAGGGUCAAAGAAGAGAAGAAGGGCACCCUGCAGGAUGUGGCCAAUCAGAAGGGCAUCGCCUGCCGAGCGCAAGGCUGGAAGAUUCACCUUUGUGCCGCACAGCUGCUGCAGCUGACGAGUCUGGAGCACGAUGUGUACGGCCGACUCUCCACGCUGCAGGAAGGCCUUUUCCCCAAGAAGAAGGCCGGGGCCGACGACGACCUUCACCGCAUCAACGAGCUCAUCCAGGGAAACAUGCAGCGCUGCAAACUGGUGAUGGACCAGAUUACGGAGGCCCGCGAGGCGAUGAUGAAGGUGCUGGACCACAAGGAGCGUGUCCUGAAGCUGCUUAAUAAGAAUGGCGGGCCCAAGAAGGUGUCCAAGCUAAAGCGCAAGGACAAGGCCUAGGAUGGCGGCCCGCCCGCCCGGCCCGGCUCGGCCCGCUUCCCGCCGGGACGGCUGCCGUUCCCCUCCGCUCCGCCCGGCCCGGAGCCGCCCAGGAGGCCCCCUCGCCAAAGGCCUCCAGAACAUUUGUGGCUCCGACUGGCCGGUUUGGCGAUCUGCGGAGCGAUGGUCGUGAUUGGAGGGAAACUCCACCUGAGAGCGUAUUGGUUUGGAAGCGGCUGGCUGUGCGGAUUCGUUGUGCGUUCUGCUUAGACUGCCGCACAGCUUCAUUUUACUCUGUGUUGACACAGUCCCAAUUCUUUUUCUUUUCUUUUUUUAAAUCUCUAUCUUAAAAUAUUCUUGUUGCCAGUGUUCCCCGACCAGUCUCCUUGGCAACACUAGGAGGAAUGCCAACAGGGGGCGAUGUCACAGUGGCCGGGAGGUUAUGGAGACAAAUCUAGCUGUGGCUAGAGGGCUGCUCGUAGGGCUGGGGGCUGGGGGCUGGGGGAUGCGCCCUGUCAGUGGGAGGCACCAGGAGGGACCUGUAGGCUGCAGGCUGACUGUGUUGUGCCCCCCAGGUCUGCAGUCAUGGCUGUCUCUCCCGCCUCUGAAAGCUCCAGGCGUGUGCAGCUUUGACGUUCCUUUGGCACAGUGUUUAGGAGAUCGAUCGCUUCUGCCCCAAUUUACUGUCAGGUCUCAGCCGGAGUAUUUUUUAUUUUUCUUUUGAAUUUCCUUUAACAAUCCCAGCAAGCGUUUGAUCUCCAGAACCGAAAGCGACAUGCAUUAACCUUGGGUUCUGAGGAGGUGCGAGUCCAGGGGUAUUCCUCGGGUCCACCCACUGCUGUCCGCUGCCAGGAGACGCCCACAGCCUUGGCCUGUUCGGAGCGGGGGCCGUGGGUCUUGGCCGUGAUCCGGGUGAGGAAUUCCGGCUUUUAAAUAGACGAUCACCAGUCCUUCCCUUCUCCCGUAUUUAGGUGGGAAAUCUGGUUACGUAAAUUUGGUCUGAGUGAGGAAAACACGUGGACAGAGAUGUGAAUUAGGUGGUGGUUUGGGGUUUUUUUUUAAGCAAAGUAUAAAUAUAUGCAAGACCAGAAAAGACCAAACUGGCAGUUAUAUGUUAUAUAUAAAGUAGAUUUUGUUUUUGUAAAGCAGAAUGGCUUCAUUCGUACUGCGGUUUUGUUUUUUAUUUGAUAAUGUAGUUUUCUGUUCUGGUUCAUUUAGAUCUUUUUUUUUAUUGAGUGGUUUCAGACGGCUGUUUUUUAAUGUACAUAUGGUUUACUCUGUGUCGUUAUCUUGUUUCAUUACUGUAGUAAAAACAAAGUGUACAUUU